UCCUAUUCGAUUGUGGCUUUUCAAUAACAUAAUCCCAUUUGCAGCAACUUGUAUCACUGUUACGUUGUUUGAGAAUGCAAACUUGUCCGGCUGAAUCCUGUUCUGAAAGUUUCUACUGAUGAAUCUAUAUAUAACGUUUCACCCAUUCAAGCUUUUCACACCAAAACAAAAGCAGAAAUAGAAGAUGAAGAAGCAAGUCUAUUCAAGCCCUUUCCUUCUCGUUUGCUUUCUUUUACUUGUGUUGAAUUGUUUCACUGUCGAGGCUCAGACUUGCAGGGCCAGCGGCAGCGUUAGAGGCAAAAACCCUCCACCAGGACAAUGCAACACUGAAAAUGACUCCGACUGCUGUAAACAAGGGAAAACGUACCCCAUUUACAAGUGUUCGCCUCCUGUUUCAGGACAUACAAAGGCGACCUUAACGCUCAACAGCUUUGAGAAAAAUGGAGAUGGCGGUGGCCCAUCAGAAUGUGACAAUCAAUACCAUUCGGAUAACGACCCGGUAGUGGCACUUUCAACAGUUUGGUACAACGGAGGAAGUCGGUGCUUAAAAUAUAUUAACAUCUACGGUAAUGGGAACAGUGUGAAGGCCAAGGUUGUUGAUGAGUGCGAUUCAACAAUGGGUUGUGAUGCUGAACAUGAUUACCAGCCUCCAUGCUCCAACAACAUUGUUGAUGCCUCCAAAGCCGUUUGGAAAGCCUUGGGAGUGCCUGAAGAUGACUGGGGUGGCUUGGAUAUCACUUGGUCUGAUGCUUGAUGUGCACCAUAUACAGAAUCUGAAUCAUAAAUUAUGACUUAUGUAAUAGUUAAAGUUUGUUAUCUGU